CAAAGUCGUCAUUCAACGCUGUACUACUAUAAUAAUUCCUACGUCUACAGCACAUAUCUUCUCCACCAAACUUUGUUAUUUUCUCACCGUUCAUAUUGCCGGAAAACUCGCCGUUACCAUUCAAAAAGCUCAUCGUUGAUUAAUUUUCACCUUAUCUGUACACCAACAUUCCGAUCAUCCAUUUUAGUCUUUGGUUCUUGUUAAGGGAUUGUUCUCUGCCUUUGAAUUUCUCUAUUUAAAGUUGUUUUCUUUUUUUCCCCAAAUUCCAAUUUCUGAAACCCUAAUUUCCAGUUUCCCAAAGCUUCUAGCUGUCGUUUAUUCGAUGGCCCAUUUCAAUUAAAUUCAUAUAAUGGGCCAAAUCAUGAAUCUCUAGGGCUUUGGGAAAGUUUUUAAUAUUGGUUUUGUUACUUUUUGAUUUGUACAGUAUUCGAUCUGUGAAGAGGAAAACACAGAUUGUAUAUAAAAAAAAUGGGUUUGUGAAAUUCCUUGGUAAAUUAUCUUUUUUUUUUUUUUUGUUAGGGGGGUUUGUAUUUUUCAGGUUGAUUUGAUUUUUUGGAAUUUAGGGUUUGAAAAUUUUUUGAUUAGUGAAAGAUGUCUUCAGCUGGGGUGAUUGCAAUUAGUCCUAUUUGUAAAGAGUCUUUGAUGAUUCCUUCAUAUUUACAUAGCCAAGAAUCGAUUCAGAUAUACGUGGCUAUGUCAGGGUCAAUGGUACCAAUGAGAGUAUUGAGAUAUGAUUCAAUUGACUCUGUGAAACUUCAGAUUCAGACCUGUAAAGGGUUUGUUGUGAAAAAUCAAAAAUUGGUUUGUGGGGGUCGAGAAUUAGCCCGAAGCAAUUCCCUUAUUAAGGAUUAUGGAGUUGGUGAUGGAAAUGUUCUUCAUUUGGUCCUUAGGUUAUCAGAUCUUCAGGCUAUCAAUGUGAAAACUGCUUCUGGUGAAGAGUUUACGUUUAAUGUGGAUAGGAGCAGGGAUGUUGGAUAUGUGAAGUGUCAAAUUGCUAAAAAGAAGGGUGCUUUAGGAAGAGAUAUUGAUGAACAAGAAGUGAUUUGCAAUGGCGAGAGACUUGAAGAUCAGAGGCUUAUACAUGAUAUCUGCAAGAAAGAUGAUGCUGUGAUUCAUUUGUUUGUGAGGAAAUCUGCAAAAAUUAGAGCAAGACCUGUGGAGAAGAAUUUCGAGUUGUCUAUUGUAGCACCACAACUGAAUGACAAGGUUACACAGAACAGGAGUGGGAAUGAAGUAGACAAUAAUAAGCUUUUGGUCCCUAGGGAGCCUCCUGAUAGGACAAGUAUUUUGGAACCUAUCAUUGUUAACCCAAAGAUUGAAGUGCCUUUGGUGAUUAGUGAUUUGAUUGGUUCUACACUUGAAGGGUUAGAUAGAGGACAUUAUCCUAUUAGAUCAUCCGAAGGCACAGGAGGAGCGUACUUUAUGCUUGAUGCAGCAGGGAGUAAGUAUCUUUCGGUGUUUAAACCAAUUGAUGAGGAGCCUAUGGCUGUGAAUAACCCGCGAGGGCUGCCUUUGUCAGUUGAUGGUGAGGGUUUGAAGAAAGGAACAAGAGUUGGAGAAGGUGCUUUAAGGGAAUGUGCUGCCUACCUUUUGGAUCAUCCAAAAAGUGGUCGGCGUUCAUUUUCUGGUGAGGCACUGGGCUUUGCUGGUGUUCCACCAACUGUCUUUGUGAGGUGUUUCCAUAGCGGAUUCAAUCACCCAGACGGUAUCACAUCUAAGAUUGGGUCCUUGCAAAAGUUCACGGAGAAUAAUGGAAGUUGUGAGGAUAUGGGUCCUAAUGCUUUUCCUGUGGGGGAAGUGCACAAGAUUGCUGUGCUUGAUAUGAGGAUGGCAAAUGCAGAUAGGCAUGCCGGGAAUAUAUUAAUGAGCAAAGGUGAAGAUGGACAGAUUGUCCUCAUUCCAAUUGAUCACGGUUACUGCUUGCCUGAGAGCUUUGAAGAUGUCACUUUUGACUGGCUGUAUUGGCCACAAGCUCGUCAGCCAUUUAGCUCUGAAACCAUUGAGUACAUAAAAUCACUUGAUGCGGAAGAAGACAUUGCCUUGUUAAAGUUUUACGGGUGGGACAUGCCUUUGGAAAGUUCACGCACACUCCGCAUCUCUACAAUGCUUUUGAAGAAAGGUGUAGAGAGGAGCCUCACCCCAUUUACCAUAGGGAACAUUAUGUGCCGGAAAACCUUGAACAAAGAAUCUGUAAUUGAGGAGAUUGUUCAAGAAGCACUGGACUCCGUGCUCCCUAGCUCAAGCGAAGAUGCAUUCAUUGAGACCGUAUCGCAUAUUAUGGAUCGCCGCCUUAAUGAGAUUGCCUAUUGAUAUUUCACUGAAGAAUUGGUAUAUAAGUAUACAUAAGAGAGUCUGCAGACGUCUGCAGGCAUCAACUUCAAGAGAAUAUCCUGAUUCAUUGCUUUCCGUUCAUUUUCGUAGUUUAACUGGAAAUGACCUAGCUUAGGUUGUGACCAGGUUAUCUCGGUGUCUAUUCUCAAAAUACUGUAAAGUUUGUUGUUUAUAUUUCCAUGCUGGAUUAACUUAAAGGAACGAUGUCCUUUUUCCUCAAAUAAUGGUUUACGUUGUUUUACU